AAACGCAUACUUUUUCAAUUGCUUGUCAAAAUGUAUAAAACAAUGAUUUCAGAAAUUUUUAGGUGCUAAUUUUUUAAGAAAGCAUUUUUCGACUUACAGAAAAUGUUUUGUUCAAAAUUAAAUUUCCUAUAAAAUCUCAAAGUCUGGCCGAAACAUUCGGGAACAUUAAGCAGCUGUUCUUUAUCGCUGCACUGCUGCAUUAGUGCAAUAAGUUAGAAUAAGACACUUUUUUUUUUUCAUUCUAACUUAUUACACCAGUACAGUAGUCAGCGACAAAAAACAGGUCUAUUCUGUAUAUGUAAAUAAAUCUUAAGAAUUUUAGAAAAAAUAUAGUGAAUCAACAUUUCUGAAAAAUCUUUCAAUUCGUAUUUUAAAAUCUGAAAAAAAUUUUUUUUUAAGUUACAUAAUAAUGUUAAAAUUUUUAAAAAUUCCCCCCAAAAUUUCCAGAGAUUACUUUCAAAUGUAAUUUCCAAAGUAGCGCCGAAAAUAUUACCGCAAUUCGCACCCAAAUCUGCUUUCCGCAUCCAAGUCAUUCAUUAGCAGUCAGGGUAUUAUUCUGCGUCAGAAUAUUAUCCUGCGCCAUUAUAGAGUCGAAGACAAAUUCGUCAGAGCGAUCAAAUGAAAAGAUCCUUCACGACUCAUCCCUAUCUUUUUGCGCGGGGAUACUUCGCGCUUGACGAUGAUUUAUUUCUCCCGGUAUCUCUGUCAAGGUACUCGCAAAGCGCCUACGGCUCGUUGCAAAGUAUAAGAUUCUCACCGAAGUGGGGGUGGUCGAUAUUAACUGCGAAGCAGUUCCUUCCCCGAUGGAGAACGUGCGGUAGCGAUAGUCACAUGCCGGCCGCGGUCGAGUAUUGUGCUCCCGCCGUUGUUCACCGCCGCGCGUUCCACCACCGUUUCACAUAAGUUUUACUUUAGCGUGGCUCGAUCGGCGCGGCGUGUAUGCUUUUGGGACCAUCGAUGAGCGGAGGUAAAUCAGAGCCGGAUUCGGAGUGGGAAAUGAUGAUGAUGACGAUGAUGAUGAUGAUGGGCAAUCGGUGGUUCCCGAGGGACGAGACGUAGGGUGAUAUGUCCGGCUGCUUGUCGUCAUCUAUGACAGGCUCGACAGAUGCGGGGCCGCUGCAGCCCCAGGACGACCCCGCGCCGUCGCUCCCCGUCGCUCGGCCGCCGUCGAGCUACAACGACCGCGGCAGGACGACGGUCCUGUCGGAGGGCAACAGCUCGUCCGCGCGGCGAGGUAGUCGUAACCGCCACCACCAUCCGCCGCGACGCCGGAUGACGUCCGCCCCGUCGCCGUCCGGACCGGCGAUACAGCUGACACCCCUCUGGGAGCACGUGGUGCGUACGCGCAGAUUCCCGUCCGAGGUCGACACGCAGGCCACCUUCGUUGAGAUCUCCGAGAGACUUCGAGAUCCGGAAUGGGAAGUGCGUCAGCACGCCCUGCGUGUGCUGAUAGACGUACUGCCGACGCUGAACGUCGAUGUCGUUGACAAAAUCAUGCAACCGGUGGUGCCGGAACUGAUCAAUAAUUUGGGGCAUCCAGCGCCGGCGGUUCGUAAGGGCGCCCUAGAUACGCUACGGGUCUACCUGGUUCACAGCCCCAACAGGGAGAGCAUGGUCAAAAACAUCCUUCACGACGGCUUGAAUCGCCCGGACGCUCACAAUCCGUUUCAGACAAACGUGACGACGGGCGUGAUUCUGAGCGCCCCUCUGCUGCUCUUUCCGUCCACCAACAGUCCUCCGCCGACGAAGCAGGUCCUCAAGGAGGCCACGGUCGCCUUCGCCUCGCGACUGGUCCAAGUGCCGCAUCAGGAGGCUGUGCUGAAGUCUCUCAUGAAGAUCCGCGAUGCAGUCGGCGAGGAAGAAUUUGACGGCUACCUGGUGGAUUACGACGACAAGUUUAAGAAGAACGUCGACGUCCUGUCCAAGAUCUACAACAUCAAGCCGUGCAAGAAGAAGCAGGAGAAGAAUCACGCGCAGGACAUCAUGAAAGCGGACGCGAAGGAGCGCGCCUUUGAAAGACCCUGGGACAGUGACAGCGACACUUCUGGCAUCGCCGAGGAGGAGGACGAGACACCGAACGCCGUGGGCGCGAUACCACCGGCGAGAGUCAUCCUGGAGACCGAGAUUAAGUUCAACGAGGACACGGCCAUUACGAUGACGAUCCUGGAGGAGAAGGACGACGACGACGACGUCAGCGCAGACAACGAAAGGAGGAAAAACGACGCCGGGAACGACGACGACGUGGACGGGGACGCGGACAAACGCAAGACAUCCAGGCGCGUUCACUUCGGCGGCGAGAUCGUCAAGCUGAGGACACCCGACAGCGACGAGACGGAAUCGAUCGAAAUAACGUCGAUCCCCAAGACGAGGAUCCCGCUCCCGGUGUCACCGGCCACCAAGAUGCCGGCGGAGACGGCGAAGAGACGGCCGUCGUCACAACCUUGCAGCCCCCACGCGGAGAAGCGAAGCCCGUCGAGGAGAGCUUCCAGGUCGGCGUCCAGCAGUCCCAAGAGAGAGUACACGCACAACGCGCAGCUGAGCCCCAAGAAGAGCAUCCUGACGAGGACGGGCGGCCUUCUCGUCAUCCCGGCGGAAGAAACGAAGAGCGCGAAGAAAGUUCGAAGAAGCGGCGAAGAAACUCCGGAGAACAGGAUUUCUCGCGCGACGCAAGAAGUCAGCGAAAUAUCGAAGAAGGAAGAAAUCACGUUAGUUCAGGCCGCCCCGCCGUCGGCGAGUAGCGAGGACAAACUGGCAAGCGUAAACCAGAACGAAAACAAUGAGCCUAAGUCAGCUCAGGUGGCAGAGGCCCCGAAGAACGCGCCUUCGAAGGACGAGCAAGCGACGAUUUAUGAGAAAGACGAUCACGCGAACACGAUUGAUUCGAACAGAGGCGACGUCUCUGAAGUCCCCUCGAAGCAAGAAAGGAAUUAUACCGCGCCGAAGUCAUCUAGUCCAGAACGGAAAAGGAUGUCCCGGGAAAAUAAGGACGAGUCAGACAAGGGAUGUUCAAGCGAGCGAAAACCGAACAGCUUUUCCUACAAGUCGAACAGUUUUCCGUUUGGGUCGCCGGUUAAGCCGGUUAAGGCGCGAAUGGAUCGUCUGGUCGGUGGCGACUUCUUCAACAACGACGAGGACGACGACGACGACGACGACGAAGACGAACGGGACGUGCGUAUCUUCGGUACAAUUACGCCGGACGACCGUCGUGCGGUGACCGUCGUGAAAUACAGCGACAGCAAGGGCUUUGCUAGGGACAACGACGGCGAGGGACGGAAAGAGUGGCGCAGUCAACAUGACGGAAAGGAGGGGAACGAGAGUGUCACUUGUAGCAGUAGCGAGGGCGAGGGUAAACCGCAGGAACCCAGCUGGGAGGAAUUGGGGUUGGUCGGCCAGGAGGUGUUGGACGACCUACACAACAAGGAUGAUUGGCGGGCGCGUGUCAGGGGCCUGGAGAGAGUCGCGUCAGCUCUGCGGACGUCCUCGGCGCUGAUCGCGAUAGAGUCGCGAUUAGGAUCGCUCUUGCAUGCGGUGCUCGGCGGCGAAAGGAGCUGCCGGGUGGCCGCCGCCGGCCUAGCGGUGGCGAAGGUGUUGGUCGCCGGUGUAUCGGAGGACUCGCUGAGGAAGAAAUUGCCACAGCUAGCCUGGGGUCUGGCCAGACAGGGUGGUCCAUCCGCGGCUCAGCUCGCCCGAAUCGCGAUGCUACGGCUCAAGCCCGGUCUGCUCGUAGAACAAUUUCUGCAGCCUCAUUGCCUUGGCGCCAGAAACACCAAGACGAGGGAGAACGCGUUGCAACUACUGAUCUUCUCGCUGGUGACGUUCCCGAGCACCGAGUUCAAGCUUGAGACCGUCGCCAGCCGAGUGGCGAUGACGGUCGCGGAUCGACGACGCCGGGUACGCCAGGCCGCUCUCGACACCCUGGCUGUCUUGGGGCAGAUCUACGAUCCCGAGGAAGUUCUCAAGGUGGGAAGACAAACGGCCGAGGGAAGCCCCGACGCGGAGGCGAUGGUGGCCGCCAUCCGAGGACGGCUGGCCAGAAAGUCGCUGCCCCUAGUGUCGGCCGAUGGUCUCGUGGUGUACGGUUUGCAAAUUUCACCGACUGUUCAGAACGCUACUGGCCCCGAUGUCGAUUGGAUCGUGGCGGGAAGCGGUUCAGUUUCGCCUGGCACCGGUCGCACCAGGGGUCAGAUCAUCGCCACGUCCAGAUCGGCACAAGGAAGAGCAUCCAGAAACGAAAUCUUGAAUAAUAACCGCGAGAGCCUGUGGAUAGAGAGGCCCAAUCUUGUCGCGCUGGGUGUCGGAUUGCAAGCCAAGCAGAUGGAACAUUCGAUGGCCUGGCAGAUAUUGCAGUCGCGGAUUAACAACAACCAUGAAAAUGAGAUAAAAGGACUGAACGGUCGGAACACAAAUGCGGGAGUGUCAGAUGCCAAUUUAAGAUUCGAGGAGCAACUGCGAUCGUUUUACACGCCGAAUCAAUACGAUUUCGUCAGGACGGAUGCGAAGAAUCAGCGAGAGAUUUCUGACAAUUUCGAGCAAAAAGCGCGAAAUCGCAGAGACGUUAAUGAAGCUGCUAAAGAAAAGUGUUUGCAGGAAAGUACUGCUCUCAGAGGAGAAUCUAGGAUCCCGGUAUUAUCAAUGCGCGAACGUCCCAAAAUAACAUCGCAAAAUCGUGAAAAAUCUCUUAACUUGGAAUAUGUCAGUUCCACUUCGCGAAAGCAGACAACAGAUUUGUUAGACGGCAAUAGAAAUCGGAUAAAUGCGCGACAAGAGGAUGUCAGGUCGUACGCGGCUAUACAUCAACGGCGAAAACGUUUUCAUCAAGAAGAGAGUCAGGCUUUGAAUCAGACAUUCGAUUCGCAUUCCAACGGCUAUCGGCCAGCCUCUUACACAAAGGCUUUGGGAACAACAAAUAGAGAAUACGGUGGCACUGCAGAAAACAGGGAGGCGGUCUUUUCGGACGACAAUUCGCACAAUUACGGCAGAUUCGAUAAAUUCGCGGACGAAAACGAGAGCGUAGGGGGAGGUCGUCAACGUUCGUUACCCAGAGAUAUGCAGCAGCAAACGCUCGUCGAGACGUACAACUCGAUUCAACUCGAGCGCCAGAGGAAGCUCACGGAUAGAAACGCGUAUCGGCCGCUACGAACCGCCCCGAAUCCAUCGACUCGCGUGUAUCAGGACUCACCGAACCUGGAUCCGCUAGUUCCCGCGGACAGGAAUGCGAUAUACCGACCCAAGGAUCGCAGGGCAAAGGAUGCGGCUGCGCAGCAGAGAGCCGAGGAUCUGAUCUACUCGUCGGGUCCGCGGGCGAAUGGGCGUCCCUUUUCCGAGAGCUUCGCUCGGAAUCCUCGUCGCAGGAGGCUACGAUCGUUGUCCCCGUCGCACCGGUCGCGGCAGUUCGUAAAAUUGGCCGCCAGCAGAUUUCACGCCGCGUCGAUGUACGACAUUGAUAAGGCGACGAGGGUGAACGAGGAUGAGUACAACGCGCGGAACAACAGGCGUCACUUCUCGCCCGAGGCGAAGGGCUACCACGUGCAGGGCUCGAACAGGGAGGAGUCACGGUACCAAGAGUUCCUACGCUCCUUUUCCGUCGGCCCGCGUGAACGUCCGAAAAGCGCGAGCAGCACGUCGUCGGACGUUUCCAGAAACGAUCGACCGGGUGAGGGUCAGGACGCGACGCUGCGACGCGAUUACAACGGCAAUGACAACAGCGGAUCGUCGACCCCGCGGAGCCAGGACGCCGGCGAUUCGGCGUUCGACGUUAUCACGCAACAGACGGCCGGAAAUCGCCAGAGCGCCGCUCGCGACGACGUCGACUCAUUUUUCGCGCCGCUGGACGCCAACAAAGUGGAAUAUCCAAUCGAGACGAUCGCGAACGCGCCGACCGUGGACGAGGCGUCGAAGGGAUGGAGCAGCGAGGAUGACAUGAGACCGGCGAGCCGAAUCGGAUCGAUUUCAAGGCUCUCCAGUCACGGUGAGCUAAUCACCGUGGACGAAAACUGCAACGGGAGCACGGAGAGCAGCUCCGGCGCCCGCGAGCAGCCGGAGGACGGCAGGACGACGAGCGCGCGUAGGAGAUCAAUUGUGUCCGCGUUGCCGAGCGAGCUGAUUCCACCCUACGAAGACGCGAAGGUACUCAAGGAAUCGCUCCAGUCGAAGACUACGAUGAGCCCCCCCAAGAGUUCGGAAUCGCUCUACCUGACGCCGAAUCACAGCGCCCACCACUCGCCAAUCUCCAACUCGCCGACCAAGCGGAAUUCUCGCUGCGGUUCGCGCAAUUUGACCGAGGAUUCCAGGGAUUUCAGCGAGGAGAGACUAAUCGCUUCCAUAGUACCUGACGGGGAUGCUUCCAUUCGAUCGUUGGAUGCCGUUGGCCACCCACCUAUAGACAUGACCGGCGAUUCGCCGGCGAUUAUCAUCGCGUCGAGGCCCCAUUCUCACGAGAUCGUCGAGAACGCGAGAAGCGCCGAAAAUGCUAAUAAGAUUAAUACUCAGGAGUCCACGGAAGAAGAAUCCAGCGUGAACGAUACUCCGGAGGACAGACAGAGUAAAGACAGCGCGAGCGAAACGAAUAUGAAACCAGGAAUAUUGAAGAUCGAGCCGGAGGUCACGGAAGACGUCGAGUCGCGCAGAAGAAUGCCCUCGAAAGUGCCGGUGCGUAGUACCAGCAGGUGUCGAAUGCCCUUUAGUAAAAGAGCCAUAGAGAAGCCUUCGGAGAAGUCCAAGCGGAUGGUGCAGCAGUGCUUUACGCAGCUCGAGAACAAAGACUGGGAAGUAACGAUGAAGGGUCUGAAAGCUUUGUCUCAGAUCUCAAAGCAGCACCCGGAGGGCCUGGACGUUUGCGCGGCCGGGACGAUAGGACGACUACUGGGACGUCAUAUAAAGAACCUCCGUUCGCAAGUGGCGCGAGCCGCGUGUCUCGCCGCCGGCGACGUCUUCAGCUCUCAGAUUCGGGGUAUCGAUCAGGAUCUGGACGACAUAGCUGGACCUCUGCUUCACAGAACGGCCGACACGAAUCGAUUUCUUCGCGCGGACAGCAACGCGGCCCUGGAUCUUAUGGUGCAAUAUCUGCCGCCCCAUAAAACCAUCAGUAUCAUCGUGUUGCGCGGAGCGAGUCAUCAGAACGCGAUUGUCCGCGCGGCGACCGCACGGCUCCUGUCGGAUAUCACCGAACGCAUCGGAGCGGAUCAUAUUAUGAUCCUACCGCGCGACGUAAAGGACAAGCUGCUGAACGCGGGCGCGAAAUUGUUGAUGGAUGGAAAUCUGGACGCGAGGAAUCAUGCGAAAAGGAUGUUUCGGCGGCUGAGCCGCUGCGACGGCUUUCGAAAGGCACUGACGGACGCGGUGCCCGAAACGACGUUGAGGCACAUCGACAAGACCAUGAAGACCCUGUAAUCGAUCGCCUGUAGCCGAUUAAAUCCGCGUAAUAUAGGCGUAACGUAAUAUUGUCUCAUCGCUUGGACUAUCCCGAAAGACUGUUUAUCGCGCAGGAUAUUUUUACGAGUCCAGUUAGAAGCCAUUUUACGGUAUAGACACGAAUUUUCUACAACGUAUACGCCGAGAAAGACAUCGACAAGUAAUCGUAUAAAAUAGCUUCUCUAUCCCCCCUACCCCCCGUGCUGUACAUUUUCUUCUUCGAAAUUUAAACGGAGCGAGAGAUUUCGAUGAUCAGAUCAAGAAUCAAGGAGGAUAGAAAAGCCGAGAAAGAAGCCGAGGAGCGUUCGUCGUGUCACGACUUCGAUCUUGUCAUCUUUUUCAUCGACGGAUUUAUCGCGCGACGAAGUUUUGAUACUUUGUAACUUUAAUACACAUACGCAUGUAUGAUAAUUUUUUAUACUAUUGUAUAAAGGAUUACGCUACGGCGUAAGAAUGCAUUUUGGAGAAACUGUAGUGCCUUCACGUCAGUGAUCGUAAAAAUUACGCAAUCGCAAUCGUAGCUCAAUUACAUUGUAGCGUUCGUGAAGUGAGAAUCAUCCACGUGACACAAAUUGCCACCUAUGUGUCCCGGAAAAGGUUAAAAAGAACGUUUUUCCCGCUGUUGUCUUCACCAACUCUACAUUAAUGAGUUGCAGGAAGAAAAAAAAAAAUAUAUAUAUAUAUCGGAGAUUUUCCCCGAGGAAAGGAAUUCAUUGCCGACGGCAAUGAGUCUGUUUCAAAAUCUAAGCUAAUGCUCUCUCUCCUUCGUGAGUUCUCGAAAGUUUAGACUUGUUAGUUCCAUAUAUAUUUUUUGUUUUCGUUGUAAAUUCCAUUGUUACUCUCUAAUAUAUUUUGAAAAUGAAUAAGAGAAAAAUAUCGGAGAGCGUCUAUAAAUUUUAUAGAACACGAAUAUCAGGUGCUGAAAGUUUAGAAUUUGUUUAUCAGAGAAAUUAUAUGGAAGGAGUUUAUUCGAUGAUUCGACUCUGAUUUCUAAACCGUCCUUUAGGAUUGUACGUCAGAGAUUAACUCAUAUUUAUAUAAAUAAUAAUUUACAUGCAUAUAUAUAUAAAACUGCUUAUUAUUGAAGGCACGUACACAUACUAUUGAUAAAUAAAAUUACUAUUGUUAUA